AUGGCGAAGUUGGAAUCUUUGAAGAGCGGAUAUUAUGUUUGGCAAUAUGUGCCCUCCAUCGUUGCCGCAGUCAUCUUUUUGAUUCUCUUUCUCGCCGCGACAUCCUUUCACUUCUGGAAGAUUUUCCGAACCAAAGUGCGCUUCACCCUUCCGUUCGCCAUUGGCGGUAUUUUUGAAAUCAUUGGCUACGCAACGCGAAUUGAUUCCCACAACAACACAGGCAAGCUGAUGCCUUACUGCAUCCAAGGUGUCUUUAUUCUUCUGGGUCCAGCCCUGUUUGCUGCAUCAGUGUACAUGGUUCUUGGUCGCAUCAUCCGCUCCGUCAAAGCCGAGAAGUACUCAGUCAUUCGCAUAGACUGGCUGACGAAGACAUUCGUUCUCUCCGAUGUCCUCACAUUCUUGCUUCAAGCUGGUGCGUCGGGGAUGAUGGCCACCAGCAGUCUCACCAACAUCGGGCAAGCUGUUGUAAUUGCUGGUCUGGUCUUGCAAGUGCUCAGUUUCUGCUUGUUCAUCGUGACCGCAUACGUCUUCCAGAGACGGAUCCGUGAACAUCCAACGCCGGAGGCCUUCGAAGGCUGUGUUCCCUGGAAGCAGCAUUUGAACAGCCUGUAUGUUAUCAGCGGACUGAUUUUAGUCCGAUCCAUUUUCCGGGUCAUCGAAUACGCCAUGGGGAAUGAAGGUUAUCCAUUGAGCAAUGAGUGGAUGUUGUACAUCUUUGACUCGGUCCCCAUGAUCAUCGCUAUGGUGAUCUUUGCAAUUUGGUAUCCGAGUGAACUCCAGCCUUUCUUGGGCGAUGAAGAAAACGCUCCUAACGAGGCUUUGGUGACGAAGGCAUGA